AUGGACAAGAGGGACCAGGCCAGGGCCGGGGCCGCCGCGCGGACGCCGGCUUCUCGCCCUCCCGGCCUUCCGACCCCCAGGCUCCCAGGGUCUCCUCGACCUCCUCCCCCAGUAACCUCCGCAGCCCUCCGAGUUCUGGGAGCAGCAGGAGCUGCGGGGCGAAAGCCCCUGGCGGAGCGAGCUGGGGGUAUCGGCGGAGCCGCUCUUCCGGAGGCUGCCCCCCGAGUGGGACCGACGCGGGGCGCUGGGACAGGCCCCCGGAGCCCAGCCUCCAGGCCCCCAGCAGCUGGGAGAGGGGAGCGGACCCCCACCAAGACUCCAGUCCCGGGCUCUGUCUCUAGCUCGGGGCGUGCCAGUGGGACCACCAGGCCAGGCCCCCUCGGCCAGAAGGGUCUCCGUCCCACAGCUGAGGAACUUGUGGCCAGAGGAAAAGCCCCGGAGGCUCCCAGAAGGAAUGCCCUGAGCACCGGGGCACGGAGAGAUUCUUCAGGGCCCACCCCAGGCGCCCCCUCCCCAGCCAUCGCCCGUCGGUCCCGGGCUGCGGGCGGUGAGGUGGGACUUCCCAGGCCAGCUCCGAGUGCCCGGCCACGGCCCCCGACCGAGGCCCCCAGGAAAUCAGUGAGCAGCAGCACGGAGCGCAGCGUAGCGGAGCCGAGCCCAGCUGCUAGGAGGCGGCCUAAUGCCGGCGGGGGCCUCCAGAGACCAGCCUCGCGGCCCCUGAGCUCCAGCUUCACCCCUCUCUCCUCCCCAGCCCGCUCUGGAGCCUCGCCCCGUGGAACGCCCCGGGCUCCUGCGCAGCCCUUGCAGCCCAAGUCCAAAGGGCUGCAGGCUCUGCGCCCCCCACAGGCCACAUCCCUAAGGAAGGACACAGCCCCAGUGCAGCACCCUCUCUCUUCUCCCUUGGCCACACCCUCACCGCUGGGUCCCCAUACACAACAGGCACCGCCUUCCCACAUCAGAGAGGCUCCUCUGCCGGACACACUCCCACCCUCUCCACCGACCACGCCCCCUCCACUGGCCCCGCCCCACAACCAGGCCCCGCCCUCCCUACAGACCACGCCCCGCUCACAGGAUUUUCCCUGUCCCUUGGACACGCCUCUUCCACUAGGCCCUCCUGCGCCUGCUCCACUCUCUCUGCAGACCCUCCCUUCUCCACCGGCCACGCCCCCUCUGCAAGCUCCAUCCCCACACCUAAGUGCAUCCUUUCCGGAAGCAUCUGCCUCUGCCCCGGCCACGGCCGCUUUUGUGGCUCCAUUCUGUCCAUCAGUUUCCCCCACUCUGCAGAGUAUGCCUCCCACCCAGGCUUCUCCGGCUUUGCCCCUUCUUCUGGCUCCACCCUCGCCCGUGGCCACACCUCCUUUGUCAGCCCCUCCACCACCAACCACGCCCCCUCCACAAGCCCCUGUUUCUCCGGCCACAUCUCUGCGGAGUCCACCGUCUCCCCUAGCCACACCGUCUCUGCCGGCCCUUCCCACCCUGACCACGCCCCCUCCACGAACACUUCCUUCUCUGUCUCCGCCCCCUCCUCAGGCCACGCCCUAUCCACCUCUCACACCGCCCUCGCAGGACCCUCCUGUCCCUGACACAGCCCCUCCUCAGGCCACUCCCUCUCCCCUGACCAUGCCCCCCACGCAGGCCCCACUUUCUCUGACCUCCCCGCCUCUGCAGGCCCCUCCCUCUCCUCUGGCCGGGUCUCCUCUGCAGACCCCACCUUCUGUGGGCUCGCUCCCUUCUGUGGGCUCGCUCCCUCUACAGGCCACGCCUCCUUUCCUCCCCACGCCCCCUAUUGAAACCCAACCUCUGACCCCACCCCUUCUGCAGGCCUCUCCUCCCCCUGCCACACACCCUCUGCCCCUUCCCUCUCCUCCAGCGUCACCCCCAACCUCUCCCCUUACCACGCCGCCUCUGCAGGCCCCACCUUCGCUAGCCUCGCCUCCUCCGCGGGCCCCGCCCUCUCCCCCUGCCUCAGCUUCUCUCUCUCCUGCUGCCUCGCUCUCUCCGCAGGCCUCUCCGUCUCCCUCUGUCUCACCCCCUCUCACUCCCCCUGCUUCACCCCCUCUCUCUUCCCCUAACUCACCCUCUCUGCAGGUCUCUCUCUUUCCCUCUGCCUCACACCCCCAGUCUUCUUUGGCCACGCCCUCUCCACUGGCCCCGCCCCCUCUGCAGGCCCCACCUCUCCUGGCCCCUCCCUCUCCCCCUGCCUCGCCCCCUCUACCUACUCCACGCCGCCCCCCGACCCCGGGUCCGGAUGCCAACAUCUCGGGCCCACGGCUGACUCUGGCGCUGGCCCCGGCCCCGCCGCCGCCGCCCUCGCGCAGCCCGUCCAGUACGCUGAGCGGCCCGGACCUGGCCGGGGCGGGGGCGUCCUCGCGGAGCCCGAAGUCCGCGCGCCUGGGCGAGCUGCCGCUGGGGGCGCUACAGGCGAGCGUCGUGCAGCACCUGCUGAGCCGGACGCUACUGCUGGCGGCGGCCGAGGGUGCCGCAGGCGGCAGCGGCGGUGGUCCAGGGGGUGCGGAGGGUGGUGGAGUCGCAGGGGGUGCCCGGGCUGCGCUCAGUGACGCAGAGCUGGGCCGCUGGGCCGAACUGCUGUCUCCCCUGGACGAGUCCCGUGCCAGCAUCACCUCGGUCACCAGCUUCUCCCCUGACGACGUGGCCUCCCCACAGGGUGACUGGACGGUAGUGGAGGUGGAGACCUUUCACUGAGCCGGACCCCAGCCCCGCCUAUCACACCCCAUCCCUGCCUUAGGAUUCGCCCCUACGGUUAUGCCCCUUUGUCUUAGACCCCGUCCCCACUCCUCUGGAACCCCCCACUCUCGGUGGAUUGGUCUUAGCUCCUUAGAGCCCUAGUCUUUUGCUCCAGGCUCCACCGCUGCUUUUGGCCUAGGCUCGGGACCCACCCACACCUUUGGCCUAGGCCCUACCCUCGAGCCACAACCCCCUUGGCCUAGGACACGCCCCCGCCCCCUCGGGCCCCGCUCCGUGUCCCGUAUAUUGUCUACCCCACGCAGCCGGAGUUUUCAAUAAAACCCGGACACUCUA